CGGUUGAGCUUCUCUACGGCCCGGCCCUACCCCCGCCCUAUCCUCAGAGCUCGGCGCACUUGGCCUCCAGCCGUCAACCUCGCAACUGCGUUCUGAGGCCCGGCCGGGGCUCUAAGUGGAGAGGAUGACCAAAACAGAGAAAGGGAGCGGGGAAGUCAGUUGGGCUCUGCGUGGCGCCCUGGCCGCCGUGGCGUUGCUUUCCGCGCUCAACGCGGUGGGCACAGUCUUCGCGCUGUGCCAGUGGCGCAGACUGAGCGAGGAGCUGCGGGCGCUGGAGGCGGAGAGGGUUCAGCAGGCGAGGGAGGACAGCGCCCUCCGCAUCUUCCUCCAGGAGCUGAGUCGAGCUCCCCAGAACAUCCCCGGCAACCCCGAGCCAGAUCUCCCCGGGGCGGCGCGGAACAAGCGCAGUCAUGCUGGGGAGCCCCAGCCACACAUCCGGGCGGAGAACCAGGACAUGCUGAUGAUGAUGACUUAUUCCAUGGUGCCGGUUCGAGUGAUGCUGGAUUUAUGUAACAGCACCAAAGGAAUCUGCUUAACAGGCCCACCUGGACUACCAGGACCCCCAGGAAUGAAUGGGUUACCAGGACACAAUGGAUCGGAUGGAUUGCCUGGCAUUCCAGGAGCAAAGGGAGAAAAAGGAGCAAAUGGGAAAAAAGGAAAAAUGGGGCCGCCUGGGGCCAUAGGACAUCAAGGGGAGAAAGGAGAAAAGGGAGACCCUGGUGAAUUAGGCUUGCCUGGAAAUGAUGGUCCCCCAGGAGAGAAAGGUGAAAGAGGAGAGAAAGGAGACAAAGGGGACCCAUCCAAUGAUGUGCUUCCUACAGGUGCCAAAGGGGACCAAGGUCCCCCAGGCCUCCCUGGCCCUCCUGGACCCCCUGGCCCUCAAGGUCCACCUGGCCCACCUGGAAGCAGAAAAGCCAAAGCCCAGCGCCAGGCAAAUAUGUUUAACAGCCAAUGCACAGGGUUCCUUAUGUUCGGAUUUGAAUUUGCAAUGGAAACCUAUGAAACACUGAAGAUUGAAAAUGCCUUGCACUUUGGUCGAAAUUAUCUCUUUGUAAACGCAAAGACAUACUUCAAUUUUGCAGUUGAUGAAAAGGGCCUUUGGAUUAUCUAUGCUUCAAGUCUGGAUGAGUCCAGUAUCUUUGUGGCCCAGCUGGAGGAAAGCACCUUUUCGGUCCUCCAGUACAUCAACACCACGUACCCCAAAUCCAAAGCAGGCAACGCCUUUGUUGCCUGUGGCAUCCUCUAUGUCACAGACACCAAAGACAUGAAGAUAACCUUUGCUUUUGAUUUGUUACAGAGGAAGCAGAUCAAUGUGAGUUUUGACCUAAGAACUUCACAGUCUGUUCUUGCCAUGUUAGCUUACAAUUUGAGAGAUCAGCAUCUAUACACAUGGGAAGAUGGCUAUUUAAUGCUAUAUCCUGUUCAGUUUUUGUCAGCCAUGGGAAACAAAUGAUGGUUCUUUCAGAAUAGUCCAGGAUCUCUUUGUCCCUCAGUAUAUUUUAACCUCAAUAUGGAAUAUUUCCAUCCCAACCUAAAAUGGGUCAUUUAGGGUAGCUGGGUGAAUAGAAAAUAAUCCAGGGAUAUAUACAUAUAUGUAUAUGUAUAACAAAAAAUCCAGCAAUAUAUAUAUAUAUAUAUAUACAUAUACAUAGUAAGAGUUUCAUAAUUACUUGUUGAUUGAUUGAUUUCCCAAAUAAUUAUAGUUUAUAUAGAGAUCUCUAUAUUUGUAUAGAGAUCUCUCACUCUUUAUAUAUUAGCUACAAUGUUUUGUUGAUAGGGAAAUCAAUCAAUCAACAGGCAAUUAUUAAACUCUUGCUAUGUGCCAAGUACUAUAAACCUUAGGGACACAAGGACAAAAGUGGAAGUGCCUGUCCUCAAGGAGAUUAUAUUCUAUUUAGCAAAUGAAUCAAUCUCCUUUAAAAUUUGAUUCCUUAGUGGUGAAACAUUGGACUAAGUCAAAAGACCAAGAUCAUAGUCCCAGGUCUGACUCUUAACUAUCUCUGUGAUCUUAGACAGAUUACUUCACCAUUUUGACCCUCAGUUUCCUCAUCUUAUCCACUGAGGAGGUUGGACUAGGUGGUUUCUGUAUAGGGUCCCUUCCAAGCUAUGAUAAUCUAUGAUUUUCAACUCCCUGGAUGAAGAUGGUAUUGAUAAUGACAAGGAUUGCUCCCCAGUUUUGCCAUGAAUUUGCCAAAUUACAUGUGAAAUAAUUGAAAUUUAUUAAAAUUUCCCAUGAAUUAA